GAACAUUCCUCACAUGUCCUUUGAUGACACAGCCAGGGAGCCGGAGCAGACGUUCAGCCUGAACCGGGACCCGCUGGGCGAGCUGGAGUACCCCACCAAAAUUGCCCGUUUCUCCAACGUUCACCACCUCUCCAUCCACUUCCCGAAGAACUUUGGAGCAGAGACAACGAAGAUUUUUUACAUAGGCCUGAAGGGAGAGUGGACGGAGGCUCAUCGCCACGAAGUCACCAUCUGCAAUUACGAAGCAUCGGCCAACCCAGCCGAUCACAAGCUGGAACAGAUCACCCCGCAGACUCACUUCAUCUCCUAACAGCGCC